AUGGCCGCAGAUGCAGGACAGAAUAAUCCACCAAGUACUCCCACGAACAGCAGACAGCCGCCCACACCUGGCAGUGCAAGUGCCUCUGGCGCUGCUUCCCAAGAGCCGGAGUGGAAGGAGUAUACGACUGCAGAAGGUCGCGUGUUUUGGCACAACUCCCGCACUGGUCGCAGUACCUGGGACAAGCCGGAGGAUUUCAAGAGCGACUUCGAGAGGCUGCUGAGCACCUCCAGCGCGUGGAAGGAAUACCCACAAGGCGACGGGCGAAGUUACUGGCAUAACAGCCUCACCAGAGAAAGCGAGUGGGAGGUGCCUGCGGAAGUCGCACGUAUCAAAGAGUCUCACACCGCGCUUGAUCAAGAAGAUUGGUCGCAGGUGAAACUGGACGGUAAGUGUGAUGCUCGGGCAAAGUUUCGGGAGUUUCUUGAACGGAAAUGCGUUGGUCAUCUGGGGCAGUGGGAUUCAAUAGGCCGGGUGCUCCAGAAAGACCCUAAAUGGAACGUAUUUAACUCUCUCAUGACAACGGGAGAGCGGAAGCAUGUAUUUAAUGAGCAUGUGAACAAUUUGGUGAAGAAAAACAAAGAAGAGUUACGGAUGAAGAAGGCUAAGGCUCGCGACAGUCUGGCAGAGUAUUUGUGGCGCUGGAAAAGUGGCGAGAUCCCGUCUCUGGGAAAGAUGGCCGCAGACACUUUGUUUCAGGACCUCGAGGAUAAUCCGGAAUGGCGAAUUUUGGAUGUCCGGGAGCGUUUUGAGACGUUUGAGGAAACUGCGUCAGCCGUAGCAGCGACCGCUAUACAAAAGUGCUCUACGCAGAAAGCCGAGGCCAUCACCAGCUGGCUGAAAAUCUGUCGAAAAGGCGAGCUCAUUUCGGACGACAUUUCCUUACAAGACCUGAUAGCCUUUGUACGACGGUACUAUGACGGCGACUUGGAAGACGUAAAUGACCUCUCCAUCAUCCAGCAAUGGAAAUCGUUGUUAUCCGCUGUCAUCCAAGACAGUCCGCCCGCAAAAAUCCAAAAGUUAUUUGCAUACGAAAAGCAAACACGCGCGCGCUAUCUCAACUUAUUACAAAUAUGCGAGCAAGAAGGUAUGUUGAACGCCAAGACCGAGACUAGCGAGUUCUUAUGCCAACCAGUUCCUCUGUCUGCCCUGGACGAUACGAUUCCCCCCAUUGGUCUCUCAGAUUCAAUCGAUCUCAAGCGACAGCAAAUAUUGACGCGGCUCAAAACCCUGGCGACCCAGUGGUUAGAGGAGCAUCAGAAGUUCGACUCCGUCGCGUCUGACAGCCACCCGCUCUGCGUUGAUAAUCGGUAUCUUGCGUUGUUCUUACAAGGAGGGAGUAGCGCCCAGGAGUUGUUCACAGAUUUUGUUUAUACACUCUGGGACUUGUAUGAAGUCGUCCGAGACGCAGCCAAGACGAAAAUCACAAACAACGAACUGCUCACUGAAGAGCAAGUGCUGGAAUGGAUCGCAACGCUGGCGCCGAAGUAUCAGAGACCGGGAGUUAUAACCCCACUCAUUCAAUACUGCCAAAAACGACUUCAACAAGCGGACGGGAACAGCGAAAAAGAAAAGGGCGAAAUCUCAUCCUCCAGUUAA